CUUGCCUUUUCCCUCGCGCCGUCACCAAUGGGUAGCUGUUGUGAUGAAGGCAACGACGACGUUCUCAAACAUCUGAUGAAUUUUCACUUGUCGCGCUCGUCUUCGUCGUCCGAAGAGAGCCUAAGCCGUUCUUCACCCUCCUUUGGCUGUUCUACUAUAAUUUCACCGGUGGAUUCUGUUUUUCCAGCGCUUGCGUGCGGGGACAUCCUCCGAACUAUAUUCGAGAAACUUCCAAUUUCGGCGCUCUUCCGGGUGAGAUGCGUCUGCCGAGUUUGGAACUCGGUGGCCUCCGAAAGGGAUAUUGUAAUCAGAGCUUUCAUGUCACCUUGGAAAUUGAAGGGUGUGGUCGGAAAUCCCUUGUCGGGAAGCUUUUGGAGAGACAAUGGUUUGGCAAAGUUCGCGAUUUCUCAUCGGAUUGUGCGUGGUGAUACCGUUACCAGUCUUGCUGUCAGAUACUCGGUUCAGGUCAUGGACAUAAAACGUCUGAACAACAUGAUGAGUGAUCAUGGAGUAUACUCGAGGGAGAGGCUAUUAAUUCCUAUAAGUAACCCUGACAUUCUUAUUAACAGAACAUGCUACAUUGAGAUGGAUGACUGUGCAAAAAGAGAAGUAGCAGUAAUAUAUCCAGAGGAUGUACCAGACGAUAGCUGCAGAUAUCUAUCGGAUAGAAUGCCCUUGGAAGAAGGAAACAGAAUAUCCAUGGUCAAAGGCAAGAGAAGGGUAAUUGAUUCCUUGAGGAGAAGCAUGCAAGUUGACGGUGAAACUGCUCGAUAUUACUGGUCUAUUUCAAAUGGUGAUCCUCGAGCUGCGCUUUCUGAGUUUUCUGCGGACCUACAGUGGGAGAGGCAAGCUGGACUUUCCUAAUCCUUCCUUGGAAUAUAAAUUGACAUUAUUCUGCCCGAGUUUGGAGUGCUUAAUAUGUAAUUAAUAAUAAAUUAAUUAGUAUAUCAUGCUGGAUGGGCAAAUGUUUGCUUUAAUAGCUUUCCUUCUCUUCAGCGUAUCUCUUUCUGAUUAUUGAGGAGAGCUCACAUUGUUGAUUAACAUCGACCAUAUUUGUUCUUUAAUUUAAUGAAGAUCUGAGUGACUCAUUUCCAGUUCUUGUAACA